CUCUCUGCUUCUCUCCACUCCAAUUUUCCUUCACUUCUUUCUUCACCCCAUUUCCCUUCCUCUGGACCAAAGACGCUGACGCCAUUUUCUUAUUGACCAUAAUACACUACUGCUACUACUACUAGCCCCGCCAACCUACCAACUUUUCUAACAAGCUUAGCUUCUUGUUUACUUUUUCCCCUUCCUUUCCCCCCAAUCUGCUGCAAUCUUUUUCUUCAUCUUCGUUCGGUCUCUUGCUUGCUGCUGCUUCUUUCUUCGUCUAACUACUCAUCAUUAAUAGGGCUGGUGGGGUGGUCCGAAUUCAAUGGGGACAGCUCUCUACUCGAGGCUUCUCUGAAAAUGUGGAGAGAGAUUUAGAGAGGGUGGAGAAAGAGAGCAGCUAGUAGCAGAGGUUGUCUGUCUCAGUCCAGUGCAUAUUAUGGUCUCCUGGUAGCUCGUUCUGGAGAGAGAAGAUAGCCAGAGAGAAACCCAAAAAAGAAGAACGAUAAGGCCUUUCUAUCAUAAGAAGAAGAACCCACGAAGCUGAUUGCAGAGAGGCUCUCUCUGCCUUGUCCUCUUGUUAUCUUCUUCAUCAACAUUCUGUCUGGUGUGGGUUUACUCUGUUGUUUUCCAUAAGAGGGUUGGGGGAAAAGCUUUGUGGAGCUAAGAAGUUACUGAACAAUGAAGUUUAUGAAGUUAGGGUCCAAGCCGGAUGCCUUCCAGGCUGAAGGCAAAUCGAUCAGGUAUGUGUCAUCCGAGCUGGCUACAGAUGUCACCAUAAAUGUUGGUGAAGUUAAGUUUUACCUCCACAAGUUCCCACUCCUGUCGAAGAGCAUCCGGUUGCAGAAACUAUUGGCCCAAGCAACUGAGGAGAACUCGGAUGAGAUAAACAUGGAUGAAUUCCCUGGUGGAUACAAAGCAUUUGAGAUAUGUGCCAAAUUCUGCUAUGGCAUGACUGUUACUCUCAAUGCUUACAACGUUGUUGCAGCUCGAUGUGCAGCAGAGUACCUUGAGAUGACCGAGGAUGUUGAUCGAGGCAACCUAGUGUUCAAGGUCGAGGUGUUUCUCAACUCUAGUAUCUUCCGUAGCUGGAAAGAUUCGAUCAUCGUUCUUCAGACGACCAAGUCUCUGCUGCCAUGGUCCGAAGAUUUGAAGAUUGUUGGAAGGUGCAUUGAUUCCAUUGCUUCCAGGACCUCAGUGGACCCUGCCAGCGUUACUUGGUCCUACACAUAUAAUAGGAAGUCGAAUGUUGCCAAUAAUGAGAUAGUAGCAGAGAGGAAUCAAGCUGUUGUUCCGAAGGAUUGGUGGGUGGAAGAUAUCUGUGAACUGGAAAUUGAUAUGUACAAGAGAGUUAUUCUUGCUGUGAAAUCGAAAGGAAGAAUGGACGGCUUCGUGAUGGGGGAGGCACUGAAGUGUUAUGCUGUCAGAUGGUUACCUGAGUCCUUAAAUGAUUUGGCUUGCGAUGCAAGUAACUCGUGGCAUAAGUAUCUUGUACAAACCCUGAUUCAUCUUCUACCUGAUGAUAAGACUUCAGGCUGUUCCUGUAGCUUCUUACUGAAACUGUUGAAAGUUGCAAUCUUUGCUGGAGUUGAUGAUACCCUGAGGGAAGAUCUGGUUGAAAGGGUUGGUGGAAAGUUACACGAGGUUUCCGUUAAGGAUUUGUUGAUCCCUGCACAAUCCCCUAAGACUACGCGUUAUGACGUUGAGUUGGUGCAAAGUAUUGUAAAUCAUUUCCUGACAAUGAACGAGAAGCAUUGCUGUCAAGAGUUGAGCAUCCAGAAGAAUGGUGGGGAAGUAGAGAGCUUUCUGUUCCCUCCUGGGCACAGAUCAUUACUGUAUGUUGGUCAAUUGAUCGAUGGAUAUCUGGCAGAGAUUGCUCAUGAUGUCAAUGUGGACCUCGACAGCUUCGUAGAACUGUCUCGUUCUAUUCCUGAGCCUGCUAGGCCUAUCCACGAUGGGCUAUACAAGGCCAUUGACAUCUACUUGAAGGAGCAUCCAGGUUUGAGCAAGGAUGAGAGGAAGAAGUUAUGUGGGGUAAUGGAUGUGAAGAAGCUCACACCGGAUGCUUCCAUGCACGCAGCACAGAACGAACGUCUCCCUCUCCGACUUGUGGUCCAAGUUCUCUUCUUCGAGCAAGUGAGAGCAGCAGCGGCAGUAGCAGCAGCAGCAAAUGCUCGAAGCAGCCUCAAUAACGACAACUCUAAUUACACUUCGAACACCGACGAGGAAGGUUGCAAGGGCCUUGAGAAGCAGAUGAGCUUGAAAGUGAAGGUUGCUACCGCAGAUGGGGGUGAGAAGCAGAGGAAUGGGAGUCAUGUGAUGAAGAAGAACGCGAGCAAGAACAGCAAGAGUGGACUGCAGCUGCUGCCUUCUCGAUCGAGGAGGAUAUUUGAUAAGUUGUGGGGAGGGAAUGUGGAGAGCAAGAGCUCAGUGACUUCAGGGAGUUCAGAGAGCCCGAGUUCCAUUGCUGUUGGAGAGGUCAAGUCGUCUGGCUCAUCUUCGAGGCGCAGGAGACACUCUAUCUCGUAGAGAUGGAGGGGAGCUGAAAAUUGGUUUCACGGGACUGAAAUGAUUGCAUCCAAGUUCAUCAACUGUAAAAAGAAGGAAAAUUGUGGUAGGGAGGGAUGGUUUCUGCAUUAUGUUUGUAGAUGAUUAUGGUCAUGAUUUAGAUGUAGGGGGGUUUUCAUUUUCACUGUGUAAUGAGUUUAAUCAAGUUCUCGUUCUUUGUUGAAUUGGUUGUGGCCUUGUGGGCUCUUUGAGGAUUUGGAUUUCUGACCCACCAAUGACUCGAAAAGAUUGAUUCAGCCCGUUGAGUAAGCUCAACUGAUAUAGAUUUGGGCCUGACUCAACAGAUGGGCGAUAUUUUCAUGUGUCCAUAUUUAUCUGAACCUACUUAUUCAGAGCUUGAGAUUGGUUAAAAUAUAGUAUAUGAAAUCUCUUGGUG